UGGAAAUUAGUUAUAGAAUAGGAAUAUUUCUUUUAGGAAUAACUUCUCUAGAUGGAUAUGACAAUUUAUCAAAAGGUCAAAACACAAUAAUGUUGCCAACACACCAAUCAUGUCAACCUCCGUGUGUACCAACAACUGCAACAGAUGGACAAAAAGAAACGUGUACAAAUACUGAGGCCAUUGGCCCAAGGUCAAAAAGUUCAAAAACGUUAUGGUCUGUAGACCUUGGUGGAAAUCGCAGUAUUUACAGCAUCAGUAUACUGUUCAAAGAUUAUGCAGGGUGGGUAAUGAGACAAAGAGGUCGAUUAGCUGGAUUUUCUCUUUAUAUAUCCAACACACAUAAAAAAGAGGACGGUAGAAUUUGUUACAAAGACACGUUUUCUUUACCUUUCUUGGAGUUUAAAACAGUGUGUAUUGGAUAUGGUCGUUACGUCAUUUAUUACAAUGAAAGGCUAGACGGAGUUACCUACCCUGAUGGAUACCAAUUUCAGACAUAUACACAGUUAUGUGAAGUCGAAGUGAAAGGGUGUGCCAAGGCAGGAGUAUAUGGAAGUCACUGUAGUAUACCCUGUCCAGAUAAUUGUCAGGAAGAUAGAUGUAAUAUUGUGAAUGGAUCAUGUCCUGGGUGUAUUCCUGGAUGGACUGGAGAAAUGUGUAAAGAAAAAUGUCCAUGGGGAUGGCAUGGGGUCGCGUGUAAAGCCAAGUGUGCAGGGCAUUGCAGAGGAAACCUAACGUGUAAUCACGUGACAGGACAAUGUGAAGACGGUUGUACAAAUGGAUGGAUAGGACGAUUAUGUGAUGAACUUUACAAUUUACAGCGUGUAAAGGAGGCUUUUAUGGACCUGGCUGUGUUUAUAACUGUAGCGGUCAUUGUUUGA